AUGGCCACAGAGAGGAGUGUAUCACAUCAGGGGGAUGCGGGGACGACAGAGACAGUUCUCCUCCGUAACUUGGAGGGGCAGGAGGAGUGGGAGGAGCAGGGACAGAUAGGGAAGAGGGAGAAGCAGGGGAAGGAGACAUCAGAAAGGGGACAGUGGACCAGACAGUUGGAUUUUUUGCUCUCGCUCGUAGGCUAUUGUGUGGGCCCGGGCAAUAUAUGGAGGUUUCCGUAUUUGUGUAACAGAAAUGGUGGAGGAGCUUUCCUUAUCCCAUAUUUUAUCUUCCUCGUCUUGAUCGCAAUCCCUAUAUUCUUCUUGGAAGUGGCUGUCGGUCAGUUUUCAGGGCAAGGUGUCUUACAAGCGUGGGGCAUAUGCCCCUUGUUUAAAGGGAUUGGUUUAACGAUGAUGAUUGUAUCUGCGAUCAAUGUCACGUACUUCAACCUGAUCACUGGAUGGGUUCUCUACUACCUGGUCAGUUCAUUCGCGUCUGCGUUGCCAUGGACAACAUGCGGUAACGCGUGGAACACGCCCACUUGCUUUGUACCAGACUACUCUGGGCUGGCCAACAACACAAAAAGUUCCAGUUCGUCAGAGAGUUUGGCGUCAAAUACGUCAUUCGUAAAUUACACAGUGUUUGAUGACGUCACUCCUCCAAGUGGACCAUACAUACCUGGAAAUGUUUCUGCAAACACAUCGCUUGAAAAUGGAAGCGGAAAUAGGACAAUGUCCGCAGUUGAAGAAUUUUGGCAAUUCAACACGCUGAACAUAUCAGAUGGAAUGGAAAACCUAGGGUCAAUUCAGCUGCAUAUGGCGCUGUGCAUGCUGGUAGCUUGGUUUCUCAUUUUUCUCUGUCUCAUAAAGGGAGUGAAGUCUGUAGGGAAGGUAGUGUACGUGACCGCUCUCCUGCCCUAUGUUCUACUAGUAAUAUUCGUCAUCAGAACCCUGAUGCUGCCAGGAGCUCGACAGGGGGUGAUUCUCUAUGUGUAUCCAGACUUUAACAGGCUCUUCGACUUCCAGGUGUGGGCGGAGGCUUUGAUGCAAAUAUUCUACACUGUGGGAAUGUGUUGGGGAGGCCUGAUCACCAUGUCUAGUUACAACAGGUUCCACAACAACUGUCUGAGAGAUGCCGUCUUCAUAUGUCUGCUGGGAGAGGGGACGAGUUUCUUCGCUGGAUUCGCUGUGUUUUCCGUUCUCGGUUUUAUGGCUGCUCAGAUGCAGGUGCCUGUCUCGGAAGUGGUCAAAGCAGGUCCAGGUUUGGCGUUCAUUGCAUACCCAGAAGCCUUGGCGCAACUUCCGGUUCCUCAGAUGUGGGCGAUCCUGUUCUUCCUGAUGAUGCUUACCAUUGGUCUUGACUCUGUGUUCGCUGCGGUUGAGACGGUGAUCACGGCUAUAGUCGACAGCUUCCCACACGUGCUACUCCAGAAGAGAAUACUCAUGACGGCGGUUAUCUGUAUCGUCUGCUUUCUUAUUGGAUUGCCUCUAUCCUUCCAGGGAGGAGUCUACAUAUUUCAGUUAAUAGACUGGUACGUGGCUGUUUUCAACCUGAUGUUUGUCGGCUUUAUUGAGGUGGUGAUAAUCGGAUGGAUUUACGGAGCGGACCGCUUUGGUGAUGAUAUUGAACUGAUGUUAGGAAGGCGACCACCGCUAAUCAUCAAACUGCUUUGGCGUUUUGUUUCUCCCUUGAUGCUGGUGAUGGGGAUGAUUAUUACCGUUACGAACUACAAACCACCCUCGUAUGGAGACUAUAUCUACCCCGGGUAUGCCGAAAUUAUCGGGUGGAGCCUAGCUCUUCUACCUUUACUACCGAUUCCUAUCUGCAUGGCUCUGGAACUCAGGAAAGCCAAGGGACCCAUCUGGCAGAGACUUAGACAAACCACACUACCAAAUAAUACUUGGUGUCCGAAGAGCAUGGACGCGAGACAGAAAUAUGUCACACAGAGACAAACAUUAGAAGUUUACUAAGGAGUGAUUCUCAGAUUUGACCAGUGGGUUGACAGGUUCAUUGAUGACGCACACUAUUUCAUUCACCUCUGCGUAUUUCGCUCUUUCACAAUACUCCGAAAUUUCGACCUAGUUGAAGUAAAUGGCGGUCAUUUUGGAUUUACCUGUUUUCCACUUAAAACGUGUGUUUUUUCAACAUUUUUAAUACUGACAUGGUGAUUUUGUCAAGGCAAUUGGGAAUAAAAGGGUCAGUAUCAAAAUUGGUAACAUUUUGUGUCCCGGCUGUAAAUUAUAUUAUA